GCAGAUUCCCCCUACUCCUUUGCCUCACUCCAUAAGUACCCCCCAUAACCCCCAUUCCCAUUCUCCUCAUACCAACUAAGCCUAACUAACCUUUUCCCCAACCCACACACACACACACUCUCUCUCUCUCUGCAAUGACCACCAAAAUGGUUCUUCUCUGCGCCGCUUCACUGGUCACCCUUUUUGUCACAACCAGUGCUCGAAUCCCCGGCGUUUACACCGGCGGCGCUUGGCAGAGCGCCCACGCCACCUUCUACGGCGGAAGCGAUGCCUCUGGAACAAUGGGGGGUGCAUGUGGGUAUGGGAAUCUGUACAGCCAAGGGUAUGGGGUCAACACUGCUGCUCUGAGCACUGCACUGUUCAACAAUGGCCUCAGCUGCGGCGCGUGCUUCGAGAUCAAGUGUGACCAAGACCCUAGAUGGUGUAACCCUGGAAGCCCUUCCAUCAUCGUCACCGCCACUAACUUCUGUCCUCCGAACUUGGCUCAGCCCAGUGAUGACGGCGGUUGGUGCAACCCGCCACGGACCCACUUCGACCUCGCCAUGCCCAUGUUCCUCAAGAUCGCUCAGUACCGCGCCGGAAUCGUCCCGGUGACUUACCGUCGGGUCCCAUGUAGAAAGAAGGGUGGAAUCAGAUUCACCAUCAACGGUUUCCGCUACUUCAACUUGGUUUUAAUCAGCAACGUCGCAGGUGCAGGUGAUAUCGUGCGCGUGAGUGUGAAAGGAGCCAACUCUGGUUGGAACAGCAUGAGCCGAAACUGGGGGCAAAAUUGGCAAUCCAACUCUGAUUUAGUGGGCCAGGCACUGUCUUUCAGGGUCACGGGUAGUGACAGACGCACCUCAACCUCGUGGAACGUGGCACCAUCUCAUUGGCAGUUUGGUCAAACCUUCACGGGAAAGAAUUUCAGAGUCUGAAAAUUAAAAAGAAAGAAAAUGUUUUAUUGUUUGUUUGGUUUAGUUUUCCCGCUUCAACUUUCCUCUAUUUUCCCGGGAAAGUUUGAAGCUUGUGUUUGGGUAAAGUGGGUAGGGACAAAAGAAAAAGUAGUAGAUAGGAAAAGUGAAAGAUGAUCACUUUAAUAUAUAUGAGUGAGUGAGUGGAGGGUGUGUUUGUGGAAGGUAGUAACUUUUUGUUUUGUUUUUAUGUUUUAGAGGGGUGAAUUUGUGAGUGUGAUUGUGAUGUGUUACUAAAAGGGUAAUUGGUAGUGUUGCUGGUAUAUUUAUUGCCCAGCAAUGCUUUUUAACUGAAUGGGGGGCUGAGGAGGCUGCAAAUUAAGGUGCAUGCAGCCCGCAGCUUACUUUUUCUAAUGGAUUAUUAUGUAUGUUUCUGUUGUUUUUAAUGGUGGAAUUAUUAUGUUGUAA